AUGUCGCUUCGUCUAGCGCCCAGAUUCUCACGGAUCCUCAGAGCUCCUUCCACACGUAUCUCAAUCUCCGCCCACUUCCAACCAACCUACAGUAAUCCACAAAAACGAUUCCUGGCUUCUGAGCCUCAACGCCAUGAAUUUCAAGCGGAAACUAAAAAUUUAAUGGAUAUUGUAGCCAAAUCAUUGUAUUCGCAUAGUGAGGUUUUCGUUCGUGAGCUCGUCUCCAACGCCAGCGAUGCUUUAGAAAAGAGAAGAUACGCAGAACUAAAAGGAGAAGUUGCCGAAGGGCCAAGUGAAAUUCGAAUCACAACUGAUAAAGAGAAGCGGACAGUGAUCUUCGAGGAUACGGGAAUCGGAAUGAAUCGAGAUGAUUUGAUCAAGUUUUUGGGAACUAUCGCCAAGUCGGGAUCCAAGGAUUUCAUUGAGAAUAACAAGGAGAACGCAGAAGCAGUAAUUGGUCAAUUUGGUGUUGGCUUCUAUUCCGCUUUCAUGGUUGCCGAUUCCGUUGUUGUCACCACAAGAAAAGUAGGAUCAGGGCCAGAAGAAGGUCUUCGUUGGACAUGGAACGGUGAUAAUUCGUAUGAAAUCGCUGAAACUGAUGGUCUACCGACUGGAACUCGGAUUGAGAUUCGUUUAAAAGUUGGAGAUUCAGCAAGUUAUUCUGAAGAAGAGAAAAUUCGAGAAGUCAUUAAUAAAUACUCGUAUUUCGUGUCUUCCCCAAUUUUGGUUAAUGGAGAGAGAGUGAACAAUUUGAAUGCCAUCUGGACAAUGCAGGCAAGAGAAGUCAAUAAGGAAAUGCAUGAAAACUUCUUCAAACAACUAGUCAAAACGCAAGGAAAGCAAGAUAUGUUCACUCGUCCUUUGUACACUAUUCAUUUCCAGACAGACACCCCAGUAUCCCUUCGAUCAGUUAUCUAUAUUCCUCAAUCGGAAUUCAACCAAUUAACGUUUAUGGCUCAACAGAAGAUGUGUGGAUUGUCUCUGUAUGCAAGACGUGUUCUCAUCAAACCAGAUGCUCAAGAAUUGAUUCCAAACUACCUUCGUUUUGUCAUUGGAGUCGUGGAUUCGGAAGACAUCCCCUUGAAUCUGUCUCGUGAAAUGCUCCAAAACAAUCCAGUUCUUCGAAAGCUCCGUAAGAUCAUCACCGAUAAAAUUCUCGGAUCCCUCCAAUCUGAAAUGAAAAAGGAUCCGGUGAAAUACUCGGAAUUCUAUAAGAAUUAUUCCAUUUAUUUCAAAGAAGGAGUCGUCACUGAACAGAAUCAAGACAUCAAGGAGGAAGUUGCAAAGCUUUUGUUGUUUGAAUCAUCUUCCAAGAAGGCUGGAGAAUUGACAAGUUUAGGAGAUUAUGUGAAGAGAAUGCAGGAAGAGCAAAAGGAAAUUUAUUAUAUGUACGCUAAUAACCGCCACCUCGCCGAAUCUUCCCCAUACUACGAGGUGAUCAAGUCGCAAAACAAGGAAGUCCUUUUCUUAUAUGAUCCAGCCGACGAGGUCGUUUUCUUAGGCUUGGGACAAUUCGCAAUGAAACAAUUGGUUCCUGUUGAAAAAUGGGCACAGGAAGAAGCUGAGAAGAGUGGAAAAGACGAUAAAAAAGAUACAAAAGAUUUCCGUGACAACGAGAAGAAGGAGCUGCUCGAUUGGAUGAAGGACACACUCGGUAGUGUAAAAGUAGCUGAAAUUUCAGGCAAUCACCGCCCAUCGGAGCAUCCCGUCAUGGUAACUGUGUUGGACAUGGGUGCCGCCCGUCAUUUUCUUCGUACUGGCGAAAUCAAGGAUAUGGAACAUUUGGUGUAUUUUAAACCACAUGUACAUGUCAAUUUGACUCAUCCACUUGUCAAAUCAAUGUAUAAAAUGAGGAAGACUGAUAAGGAAACUGCGGCAAUUUUGGCUGAACAGAUCUACGACAACGCUCUCAUCACCGCUGGGUUGAUCAAAGAUACGAGUCGAAUGGUGGGAAGAUUAAACAAAUUGCUGACCAAUUUGGCUGGAAACAAAGGAAGCACAACCAUUUUAACACCAUAA